UUUUGUACAUGACGAUUGUUUACAUUUUUUUAGCAUGGACGCAGUUUAUAAACAUGUGCGAUCUUUGGAAUGAAUUUGAGCUAAAAAAGCCGCCGCUUCUUACAUUCCCUAUUCCAACUAAGAGAGCUCCAAAUGUACGACGCUUACAGGCUGCUAUAUAUCAAUACUUUCGGCAGCAUCGACCACAAGAGGUCGAGUUUGCAGAGACAUCUGCUUUGCUAGGAAGGCUUAUGGCACGCCGAAAGAACUCAUUUCAUGGCAUGAUGGGGUUUCGUGCUGUUGUUAAGUGUAAUACAGCGACAUGUCGACUGCUUCGCAUCGAUAUUACACGAGAACUUGAAUCAUUUCAAGGCUCUUUGCCUGAUUUUGCGCUCAACUCGUCCGAAACAUUGGAGAUGCCAACCCAGAACUGCUUUGACUAUGUAUUAGUACGAUUGCUGAAUGUACAUGGUAUUUAUGUUCGGAUACGAGAGUGUUGCGUCCAAGCUGCAGAGUAUUUUGCGAAAUUAAUGCGAAAUAACUUUUUCAUGGAAACAAGUACCCUACUAUUGGCCGUGCUAGCCAAGUUGCACAAUUUGAGUGCCGUAUUGGGUAACAAAUGUGUUGAGCUUUACAACCAAUUGCAGCCUAUGCGAAGGAGGUUUCCUUCGGCGGGGAAUAGUGUUCAUUUAAACUAUGAGCUGCCAGAACAAUUGGAAGCAUUCUUGGAAAACCAGACUUUAGAAACUCCUAAGACAGAAGGUGUAUUAUUAAAAGAUGAUGCGCCCUUGCAGGCAACACAUACGCCUCUUACAGCUGUGCGCGCUAUGAAACCUGUAAAAUUUAAAAGGACUUCCGAUGUGGGCGUAGAAGUGAACAGAGAAUGUACAUUGACCUCUCAAAUUAAAACUUUCAAUGCGGAUGUCGAAUUGGCUACUAUAGAGACUGUAAAACGAUUCAUUGCAACUGAAAACGUAACAAGAAAGCAGUCUUUAAAGCAGAGUGUAACUAAGGAUAUAUUACCCCACGAGUGGAUUGGUGCGACGCGUCUAUUUGAGCGCAAAUUAUUAGCUAACGAGCACAAGAAAGCUUUGAGUAUAUUCCGAAAAUUUAUUGUAAGCAAAGUUUCUUAGAAUAAAUUUUUAACGAUCAAA